AUGUCCCCUGCCAACUCCUUGUGCACCUCCAGCCCUCUCACUCACGGGCUCUUCAGCCCUCCUUAUUCCAAGCUUACCUAUUCAACUCCCUAUGAGCAGUUGGUUUGCUUCUGCAGCUUGCAGUUGAAAUCUGUUGUUUCAAGCUAUGAAAAAGAAGUGAUUGUGAGCACAAGGAGUGCAAAACCAACCGAAGGUGAGCACAAGGAGUGCAAGAGGCAGAUGCUUGAAAGCUCAAUAUUUGAACUGAGAAACACUGUAACAGAACUGGAAAAAAGUCUUAACAGUACUGAAAAUGAAGAUAAUGAAUGGAAAACCAGAUAUGAGACACAAGUAGAAUGGAACAAGCAGCUGGAAAGGCAAAUUAAUAUUCUUCGAGAUAAGGUGGAGCUUAUUCGUGGAAAUCCAGCAGAUAAACUGUCCCUUGUUCGCACCUUUGAUAAAAUGCCUGUGGGUUCCUUAAAGGAGGUUCUUAAACAGCUAGAAGAAGAAAAGAAAAUUCUCCAGAACCAGCUAAAGGACUAUGAACUUAGACUGGAGCAAGAAGCAAAGGCUUACCACAAAGUUAAUGAUGAGCGGCGCUUUUACCUCUCAGAGAUCUUACAGACCUCAGCUAAACCUAAAAUUUUUGAAAGGAAUAAACCCGAUGCUCUGACUGGCAAGGGAGAAAAACAGAUACUGAGGGUGAUGUUUUGUAAUGCUGCCAACCAUUCCAAGAUAAAGUUGGCUCCUCUCAAGUCUCUGUGCAUCAUACAUGACACUGAAGAAAUCUGAAACCAAAACUGGGAAACUGGAUUGCUGACAGUUGUGGUCAGCGUUUGAAUGGAGCUGAACAUCAGAGGAAGACAGGAUCAGACGUGAAGGUUUGAGUCUAGCCAAACUUCUUCCUUCAGUGUUGAAUGUACUUGAUAUUCCAGAUAUACUGACUGUAGUGUGUAAGUGGCUUUAAUUGAUGGACUGGGGAAUUUGAUGUCCUAACUCAGCACUUGACAGUAUGCUGCCUUUACAUGAUUACUCAUGUAAUUCCAUUAAUUUCAGAUGAGUCAUGAUUCUGAGGUAACUAAGGCAUUUUAAGUAUUUACCCCAUAGUGUUUCUGGAAAAUAUAAAUUUAAAAUCUCAAAUGCUGGUUAGCACACAUUUCUUAUUUCCAAAAAAACCCCUUUCAUUUAUUAUUUUAGAGUCUCAAGAUUAAGUAUGGUAUUGAGUCGUGAUAUUUGUUUUUAAUCAGUUUAGCAGCAGUGUACUGUUCUA